UAAGUCUGUUCCUAUCACUCACAUACACACGCUGUCUCUCCGUCAAUCGGCGUGCAUUCUCAUUCUGCGAUCGAUCUACUCUCGUCUCAUAGAGAAAGAAUGGAAGUCAGGGGACCAAGGGCGGCAAUGCCCACUGAGGAGGGAAGGUACGGAAGACUUUGGGCCCGAACAGGCACCAAGGUCUGCUCCUUCUGGUUAGAGGGACGAUGUACCCGGAACCCGUGCAGGUUCCUGCACGUGGAAUUGCCGCCCCCGCGGAACAACAACAUCGCCUGCCGUCACCCCGUGGUGAAGCCGAAGAGCGGAGGAGGGGCAAGCAACGGCAAGGGUUCGAAAGGAAAAGACGGGUUCAAGCCAGAGGAGCGACUCUGUCAGCACUGGGUUUCUGGCAUCAGUUGCGUGAAAGGCGACAAGUGCGAAUUUCGGCAUUCUUGGUCCCGCGGUGAAGGCUUCAGCUUGCUGGCCAAACUUGAUGGUCAUGACAAGGGGAUUGCUGGGAUCGCGUUUCCAUCAGGAUUGGACAAACUCUAUACCGGCAGCAAUGACGGAAUGGUGAAAAUUUGGGACUGCCACACUGGGCAGUGUUCCGACACGGUCAAUGUGGGCAGUGAAGUUGGCUGUUUAAUCUCUGAGGGUCCGUGGGUGUUCGCUGGCUUGCGGAACGUCAUUAAGGUGAGUGAGUGAGUGAGAUACUACUUG